AAAAAUUUAAAUCACUUUGGCGGUAAAAACAUUUAAAUCACUUUGGCUGUAAAUACUAACUUCUGUUUGUAAAAGUAAUCAUGAUGUUAGAACUAGCUGACAUUGUAUUGUUUAUGAUGACUUUGGGUGCAAUUCUGCAAGUCAUUGGUGUUGGUUUGGCUUUAAAGUGGUGCUUAAAUAGUCAAGAAUUUCUGACUGCUUCUUGUGUCUUAUUACUAUUAUCUCCAGUUUUUCUUAAUUGCGGUAUAGCAAUCCAGAUUUAUGAACGUUGUCAAAUUAGGAAGCGUUCUGAAUACGUUUCUUCUAUUAUAUCAUACAAAUGGGAAGAUCAAUAUGAUACCAGUUGUGAACAUCAUAAUUUAUUACUUGAUAGCUACCAAACAUUCCGUACAGAUGGUGAACAGUUUGAAAGAGAUCUUGUUUCAUUAAAACAAAGACAUGAUCCUACUUACCUGAUGUUUAAACAACUAGUUAGAAAGUAUCAAUUGAAACUUUACGAAUUACACACUUCACUUAUCAUAUUUCGUGCAAGUAUGAUUGAAUUUGAGCUGAUAAAAGCAAUAUUUAAAAUUACUAUCCAACAAUACACAACCACUGUUAAAGGCUCUAAACAAGAUAUAAAAUAUUAUGUUAAAAGAUUAGAUAAUUAUUGUUUAAAACUUCAACGUGAUCUGUCCCGAAUGGACAAAAUAGUGGAACAGAUUAAUGAGUCUAGGUCUAUAAUUAAUCGCAUUACUGGUCGAGCAUUUUAACAACAAUGCUGUCAGCUACUAAUAGUCUCAAAAAAUGUGUUUAAUUUCCUAAUUAAGUUUAAUUAAUAAUCUCGUGCCUAUUUUAACAGAUGAAUAUACUCUCGCUUGCUAUUUAUCUCAUUAGUGACACAACCCUGCUUAUAUAAUUGAUAUUGCUGAUA